CACAGAGCUUCCUGACACCAACAACAAGAGAACUUCAGUGUGUGAGUUCUCCAUCGAUCCAUCUCUACAAUUCUUCAUUUCAUCAUCAAUCCAUCAUCGACAUGGCAGAAAAAACAAACAUCUCAUCAAAGUAUCAGGACAUCAUCUCCAGAAGUAUUCAGAUCUCUUCAGGAUCUCCUUCUGUCUACCAGAUGAAACCAAAGAAAGAGGAGAUUGGAACUCUGACUAGAAUGACUGUUGGAGAAAGAAACAUGAACAAGACCAAUGGAACCAUCUUACUGGUUGGAGAAUCAGGAUCAGGAAAAUCUACUCUGAUCAACUCUCUGGUCAACUACACCAUGGGAGUGAAGUUUGAGGAUGAAGUCUGGUUUCAGAUCAUAGAGGAGAAAAGAAGUCAAUCAGAAAGUCAGACAUCAGAUGUGAUCGUGUACCAGAUCUUUGGUUUUGAAGGUGAAACUCUGCCCUACUCUCUGACCAUCAUCGAUACUCCUGGAUAUGGAGACACCAGAGGAAUUGGACGUGAUGUCAUCAUCAAUCAGAGAUUAUUUGACUUGUUUAGAUCAGAGGAUGGAGUUAAUGAAGUUGAUGCAGUGGGUCUGGUGAUGAAGGCCAGUGAGAAUAGACUGAAUGAUCGACUGAUGUACGUCUUUGAUUCAGUGACGUCUCUGUUUGGAAAAGACCUGGAGAAAAACAUUGUCGCUCUCAUCACACACUCUAACGGAAGAAAACCUAGAAAUGCUCUUAAAGCUCUUGAAGCUGCAAAAAUUAAAUGUGCAAAAAAUGAGAACAAUCAACCUGUUUACUUCCUGUUUAAUAACUGUCAGGAUGAAGACAGAGCAGAUGAAAGAGAAUUCCUGGAACAUGCUGAUAAAAUAUCAGUGAGAGGAAUGAGAGAGUUCACAGCUUUUCUGGAAAAAACUGAACCUCAGAAACUGAUAAAAACUGUGAAUGUUCUGAAAGAACGUAUCAGACUGACAGCCUGCAUCCAAAACCAGGAAGAGAGAAUCAAACUGACUGAACUGAAACAGAUGGAGAUGAAACAGAUUCGAAAAGCUCUUAAGAAACACGAAGAAGAGAUGAAGAAUAAUGGUGGGAUGAGGUGGUUGGCGUUUUAUGGUGGAGCUGUCUGUUGUACUGUCUGUGAGGAGACCUGUCACUAUCCAUGCACCAUGGCCUGGAAACCUGGACAAUGUGAGGUCAUAACAGAAGGUUUCUGUACUGUUUGUACCAACAAGUGUCCUGUAACAGAUCAUGUGAAAGAAAAGUGGAAAUAUGUGAUCAAGACGAGGAGAGUUCAGAAAACUGAAGCAGAAAUGAAACAGAAGUUUAAGAAGAAUAAAUCAGAAAGUGAGAAGAAGUUGAGACUUGUGGAAAAUCUUGAUAAAGAAAUGAACCAACUGAGAUCAGAGAAGUCCCAGCUCCUGGAUGAGGCCUACCAACAUGUUGUCAACCUGGAGCAGAUCGCCCUGAAUGUUGAUUCAGUGUCCACUCAUGUCCACUUGGACUUUCUGAUUGAGAAGAUGAAGGAGAGAGGAGACAGAGAGAAGGUCCAGAAACUGGAGGAGAUGAAAAACAGAAUGGAUGAAGGAACCAGAGCAGCACUGAGAUACAUGAAGAAUGAAUAGGAUCUAGAAAAUAAGUUAAGCCUCAUUGAUGUAGAUGAUCAUCAUGAUUGUGAUCAUUUAGCUGAUCUGAACUUUAAACAUGAAUCAGUUGUUUGGUUGUGAUUGUGUUCAGUGUAAUAUCCAGUUGAUAUUUCCAAUCAGAAACAUGGUGGAGGAAGUAUUCAGAUCAUUGACUUCAGUCAAAGUACCAACACCAACAUAUUAGUAGUGUUGUCAGUUGUCAGUAAAAUGUAGUUCAUGUAUCAGCAGUAAAAGUAUUCCAUGAGGAAAAUGUUGUAUCAGUGUGAUAUGAUUGUGUCUCCUAUUCCUGGCUUGUUGUUGUCAUUCUAAUCAGUUUGUACAGAGGAUGUUACUCACACUGAACUCAGACACAGUGGAGAAAUCUUCUGCUGAGCUGGAGCUCCAUCCAACUUUCACACUUGAGUGUUUUUGAAGAGAACAGUCCUGAAAUCUAAUGUUCUUUGAUUUGAUUCAUACCUUGGAUUCUCCAUGUGUUCAUGCUGGAAUGACUAGGUGGAAUAUUUCACAUGAUUCAUUGGAAACAUUUGGAUCAUUUUAUUUUGUAAGCUGUGAAUGAGUUUUAGGCGUCAACAUCAUCUUUGUGGCACGAUUAACCAGCAAGGUUUAUCAUUCUAAAGUGGAAGUACAAUUAAUGAAGGGUUUAAAUGUAAGUGCCUGUUUGUGAUCACAGCUAUGAGCAAACCCCUCCUCCCAUAACAUGAUGGAAAGAUGAUAACAGUCGUAAAUCGUGUGUCAUUAUUUAAAAUUGACACAUGGUAUAGACCAUGUGUUAGAAGAGGAAUGUUAUCAGAUCUAUAGAU